AUGGAACUCUUCCACCACUUCCAGCAUCAGACCGCACCUACGCUCUGCUUCGCUGAAGUAUGGGGCCCCGCCAUCUCCAUCGCGUUCAAGAAGGAGUACCUCAUGACCGCAAUGUUAGCCACAUCCGCCCGCCAUCUCAGCAUCCUACAGCCCGAGAACGCCGUGUAUUCUGAAGCGGCCAUGGCGCUGCUGUCCCGCGCCUGCGCCUCCUUCAGCGCGGCACUAGAUGCGCAGGACGGGGGUGAGAAGCACGAUGCGCUGUUCUUCACUGCGAUGCUGAUACACUACCUCACCUGGUGCAACCUGGACUUCUUGGAGAGCCAGACGGAAGAAGACGAUAGUCAGGGGCCAGAUCUAAGAAGAGAUCAACUCUUCCUCCUCAGCUCCGGCGUAAGAGUCUUCCUCCACAAGACCCGAGCCCAAGGCCCGUCCAGCAUCUUCGCCAACAUGUCCUCCAUAUCCCAAUGCAGCGCCCUCGAGAACAUCGUCGAGGCCCAAGGCAUGGACAGCGACGCCAUCGUGCAGGCUUUCAUGGAGCGGUACGACGCGAUAGGGGCACCGAAGCCCUCACCUCCCGUGCCGGUCCCGGAGCAGGCGUCUGUGGUAGAUCGAGAGGCCUACCGCGCGAUCGUCUCAAGACUCUCCGUCAUCCUGGCGCUCUGCGAGUACAAGGACGCGAACGCGACGCCGCCGGAGAGAUCGGACAUUGAGCGCUACGUCUUCUCGUUUCCCCUGUUCUGCGUGGGCACGUUUCUGGACAUGAUUGGCGCCGGGGACGCGCGUGCGGUGCUCGUGCUGUAUCACUUCUAUCGGACGUCCAUGUUGAUUAUGGGGGACGGGGUGCCUUGGUGGGCGGCUGGGCGAUUUGAGGUUAUGGUGAGGGUGCUUGGAGAAGAGUUGGAAAGGAGGCAUGUGGGAAGAUUUGUUAGGGGGUUAUCAUAG